CGUGACAGCAGUGUCUCGCCACCAUCCCUCGGGAAACUUCUCCAGCCCUCCCACUUCCCGCGCCCUCAGUUAGGCUCGCUACUCCAGCGCCUCUGGAACGCCUUGGGCCUCCUGUCCCCCGCCCCUCAGGGGGCGUGACGAGGCCCCUCCCUCUCACAUCUGUAACGUCAUCGCCUCUGUCCGCCCUUUUAUUUCGUCACAAGUCUUCGGCUUUUCCUCUUAAGUCUGCAGACUCCAGACUCCGCCCCUCUAUGUUACGCCAUCACCUCCGUCCUCAUUCUUUCAGUUCUGUCUCGCCUCUUGUUUCCCGGCUCUUGGUUACCUUCCCUUGGGCCCCCACUAACCCUUCCACUUCCCUUCCUCCCUCCCCCUCCCCCUUUCUCCUCCUCCCUCUCCCCUCCCCCCCCCGCCCCCACCGCAUGACCUCUUAUACUCCUUUCCUCCUAAACCUUCCAGCCCAGCCUCUCUCACCCCAGGAAGGUGACAUAGCGACUUCCCCUUCUCUCCUUCCGCUGCCCUCCGGGAAAGGAUUCAACCCCUUUCUCAGCCUCGAGCCGCCUCUGGCGCCCAGGAAGUUACAGUAGCCACCCUCCCGGCCUUUCCCCCAAACCCAGGCAAAAAGUGCAGCGACUCCUCUCACCCCAUGGGCUCUCCCCACUUAUCCAGAGAUCCUUUCUCUGGCCUCACUUGUAGCCCUGGAAUUUCUUGCAUAACUGGCCAGCCCCCCACCCUACCCCAAGCGAUUCCUUCCCCACCCCCACCUCCCCUCUCCCCACCCCCACAGACUCCCCUGCGCCCAGGAAGAUGUUCUUUUGAACCCUGUUCUCCACUCCUAGGAAGGCCCUACCGCCGGGAGCCUAUCCUCUCGGGUUCGUCCCCCCCAAGUCCUUGUGUUGACCGGUUCCGCCUUGUGGGGUCACCCCUUGCCCGUCUGUGGAGCCCUUAUUGCAGCUGGAUCAGUCCCCUGAGAACACCAUGUCCCUGUCCCCAAGGCCCUUACUUUGACCAACACACUUAUCGCUGUUACUGUGGUGGAUACCAUUCAGCCCCAGUGACCAACCCGGUGACCUCCCCUCCCCUCACUCAUGUGCCUUUGGAAACUGGCCCCAUGAUUUCACCUUCCAUCACUGCUGGGACCCAGGGAACUUGCCCCAUAAUUUCACCUCCUCUUACUCAUAGGCCCCUGGGAACUGGCCUCAUAAUUUCACCUCCUCAUGCUCACUGGCCCAUGGAAACUAGACCUAUAAUUUCCCCACCCCUUUCUCACAGGGUUUUGGAAACUGGGCCCAUGACCUCUACUCUGCUCUCUUCCUGGUCCUCAGGGAGGAGUUAUAAUUAUCCUCCUCUUUCCCCAACAUCUUCCCCACCCACUGGCAGCUUUUACCAUGGCCACGUUAAGCAUCCAGACACUUGUGAACCUAAACCACAGCUUGACCCCCCUCCUCGGAAAAAUUACUGUGGCUCCCCACUUUCUUCUCAGGCAGGUACAUCUUGUCCCAGCUCACCUCAGGAGGGCUCUUAUCACUAUUCCCAUCUUCCCCCAGAUGCCAGCAUACCUGCCGCUGGGAGCCCUUACUGUGCCAUCCGCCUACCCCCUGGGAGUACUGGCUCUCCUUGCUCGCCCCAGUCCCAGGUUUCCAGGAAGCCUUGCUUUGAGUCCAUUUACUCUUGGGAGACUGGUGGGAGCUCUUAUGUCUGCAUAACCUCAGGCACUACAAUUUCUGGUCCACCCUGUCCCCAGGAACCACCUCUUCCUCUGUCCUCCCACUGUCCUUGUUCUGCCUUCUUUCCUUCACCUCCAGGCAACCAGUUUAUGUCUCCACUCCAGGCACCCCACUGCAGAGGCUAUAAGGAACCCCCUCUCCCUAUCCCAGUUUGCCCCCAAGCUAAGUCUCCCAAAUCCUCAGAGUUAAAACAGCCAUGUGCUCCUCACAGAUGUCACUUCCUGGUCACCCAGCACACUCCUCCUGACCGGCCCAUGUCGCCUAAGGCCAGCACCUCUCCACCUCCCUCCUGCCCUUCUGGUCUCUCCGGUCCUUCUUGUAUGGUGACAUCCGUCACAACUUGCUCAAAUUCCUGCCCCAAAGAACUUCCCCAAGGGACUACCACACCUACUGUGGUCCCUAGAACCCUCAAAACAGUUAUCCCCACUUCCCUUCCCCUUCGCCUUCCUUGUGAUCCUGUCUUACCCAAUAGUUAUGCUCAGACCAGCCCCCGAGGACCCCCCAUUGGACCCCUCUGCAGUACCCAUGUGUAUUCUGUGGUUUCCCCCACCUGCCGCAAUCCCUGCCUACUCUUUGGUUCCCUCAGUCAAUCCACAGGUCCCCUUCAGUGUCAUAACCAGCCCGUGGUGCCCUGCUGUGGCACCUAUAGCACUCCCAGGGGCCCAUCCCAACCUCAUCGCCAGCCUGUGGUGCCUCCUUGUUCUAUGCAUAUCUAUUCUUUUAUCCCUUUGAGAACACCCCUUGACCCCCCAAAUUUACCGAUUGCCCCCCGAGCCUGGGGCCAUCUUGAUACUAUGCCCUGUGGCCUCCAUGUCUACUCUGUGGUUUCUCGAGACUGCCGCAAGGAGUCUCCCCAGAUCCCCUACAGCUGUCCUUUGUCUUCAUCCAAGAAUUCCAGCUGUAGCACUAAUGCCAACUGUAGUUUGACUGUUGUUGUUAGUGAAUGCCAGAGUAGUGACAGCCAGAGCACCCUCCAAAGCACAAGUUGGAGCCAGAGUGAGAGUACCCAUAGCCCUAGCACAAAUUGGAGUCAAAGAAAGAGUUUCCAUCUUAGUAGAAGUCUGAAUGGGAGCCAUGGUACCCAUCAAAGCAUACAUCAGGAGCAGAGUGGGAGUCCUCAACUUUUUGAAAGUCAGAGCCAGAGCGAAAGUACCCAACAUAGCAAAAGUCAGGGCCCGAUCAAGAGUGCCCUCCGUAACAGAAGUCGGAGCCGAAGCAAGAGUCCCCACCGUAGCAAAAGUCAAGGUCGGAGCAAGAGUCCCCACCAUAACAAGAAAUGAGAGCAGAGAAAGAGUUCUGACCAAAAAUCCAAAAAUCCAGGCUAAAGCAAAAUUCAUAGACAGUAACAGGGCUGCCAGCCAUAGCAAGCAUCCCAGCUGUGGCAACCAGGACCAACUUGUGGACUCCUCAGCUGAGGCCUUUUUUCCCUUUCAGUCUACUUCUGUGCUCUUCAAGCCUGACUCAUGCCCCUCUCUGCUACCCUCAUAGCAGUCAUCCUGUAAGUCCCCACUUUUGUUCACGCCUCAAGGUUUCUGUGAGCUCUCCUCAUCCCACCUUCCUGGAGUCCGGGGACUUUCCCAAAAUGACCCCCAGCCCUGUGAUUCUGAGCAUUGUGGUGUCAGUCACUGCAUGACCUUAGGUAAGUUACCCUCAUCUCUCCAUCAAAUGUAGAAGGUUGAUAUUUUUUGUAUCCCACUGCGCCAUCUCUUGUGGUGCUCACCUAAACUAGGAGACAUGAACGUGCUUUAGAAAAUGGAAGGACUGUUGAGAAAGAAAACAUCUUCUAUUUUUAAGCUUGAUGCUUCACCCAGGGCCUACAUAGUUUCUACCAACCUGCUGUAGACUCUUCUCAAGAGUCCCCUCCAAGACCUCAAAGGAGUAUCCUCUUUAUUGGUGACCCCCACAUGCUAUUGUGAGAGCUAUAGCUUACCUUCACAACGCUGAGAUAGAAAGGCUGGUUCCCCACUGCUUGUCUCUCACAUACUUCUUUGGCAGGCAGAGGCAGGAUGCAAAGACAGGGUGCAAAGAGGAGUGGGCACUAGCUGGAUCCACGUUUGCCCCAGCGCUCUGAGGUACUACUGGUGGGGUCAGGCAGUAAGGGGAUAGAGGCAAGACUGGAAGACCAAUA